UUGGCUAAAGCAUCUUCAUGCAAUAAUCCCACUUGCCCUUGCAAAAGGGCUGGCAUUGAUGUUGCCAGCUGGGGCUCACAGAUCUCCCUGGUGUUUUGGGGUCGAGGGGUCUGCAGCACACUUUUCAUCUAAGUCAUGGUGGCCACAUUCCUGUCCCUUUUCUGUGUUUUGGGCCAUAUCACUCCUCUAAAAUAACUGAUUUUUAUUUUACACUUAACCUUUCAGAUUUGCCUUGUGUAAUUGGUAAUGAUCGUUGGUACCACCAAGAAGGAGGUGAUGGCAGAACGUGGCUGGUGCAAACCCCAUCCUUUUCACAAGUCCCUGCGUAGGCCUGGUUUGUGCUGCUCAUGAAGUCAUGCACACAGGAUGUGGUUAAGCUGAUUUAAUGAUGGACAGCUGCUGAAAGGAGCAGUUCUGCUUUCCCUCACUUCCCGGUUCUGUCUUCCUUGAUUCUGCAGCUGUGUGGUCACAAUGUGGAUUGAUUCAGCUGUCUGGACAAUGGAAAAUUCGUUAUUUUCUGAGGUGUUAUUUUUCCACCAGAUUGAUUGAUCAGCUGACCAGAGUCAGAUGUUUACCAGAUCCUGGGUAACGGAUAUGAAGGGAGUACACAUCCAUGGGUUCUAGGCAGGAUCAGCUUUUCAGAGCAGCCUGCUGUCAGGCCAGCAUAGCCAAAAGGCCAAGCUACUGCUGCUGCAUUCAGGUGACAGAUAACCCAAUGUCAUACUGAUGCUGGAAGGGGCAUCUCAGCACCCUGACACAGGCUGGGUACAUCUGCCACAUCCCUUUCACUGUGGGUACCUCUGCAAUUCCAGAGGAGUUCCUUUAGGAAGCAUACCAGUGAGGAAAAAAUUUCCUUUUUUGCAAGGUUAGUUUCAUGGUUAAGCCAGUUCCCUGCAGGGCUGGAUGUGUACUAGGGUCAGUCCCUGAAACCAAUGGGACCUCAUGGCUGGAACAGGGUGACAGCUUUCCAUAAUGUCUGUGAGAGUGACUUGACUGUAAUGCCAUUUACCAAGACAUUUAGGCACUGAUCCAUUCAACCUGGAAGAGCAUGGCAGCCUUAUUUGUAGCUCUGAGGCAGAAGAUAUAUGUAAGGAGAGCCCCACUUUACAUUCAGUUCUUUGAUCUAAACAGAUGAGAAUCGAGUGGCAGAAAGGAAGCGACACCUGUACCACUGAGACAGAAAAGGCAGACUCCAGAGAUUAAAUAAAGCUUCUGUAAUUCAAGGUAUUGAAUUCCAGAUAAAUGCCUUGAAUGUACCUUUCUUCCUUACACGAAGGAAGGACCUAGUUUCUGGCAUCUGAAUGACUGGAAGCAAGUAUUCACCUGAGAUGAACUGGUCAGUUUCUCCAGUGCCAUUACUGACAUGGAGGGCGAAAUACCUCACUGAGUCAAGAAUCCACUGGGAAGGGAGCAGGGAAGCGCUUCAAUCCGUACAACCAUAAAUAAGCCCUGGGGAUCAUAGGGUGGCGGAGGCAGGUGGGGACCCUGGGAUGUCUCCAGCCCAGGCAAGGCUCAGCUCGGGGCUCUAUCCAGUCUGUCCUUGGCAACCUCCAGGAGCGACCGACACCGCCCAGCCCCUGGAGGAACCUGAACUCCUCCUGCCUCAGCUCGGACCCGUCGCCUCUUCCCCGUGUUCCUCCCCGUGGACCCUGUCUAGAAGAAUUUCAAAUCCCUAUUUGGAAACUCCUUCAAACAAGAUUUAUGGAGAAAGUUCUUCCUGUGCUGGGAGAGCUCUCAGGAAUAUUUUUACUCUACAAGCGUCUGACCUGAUUAAAGACAGGGUGUACCUUACUGGCAUUUGCAGGAGGAGCUGUGUUGGAUCAGAACUGGUAGACUGGCUUUUGGAGCAGUGCCCUUUUGUGAAGUGCAGGUCUACAGCGGUUGGAGUGUGGCAGCUCCUGCUGGAUAUGGGCAUUAUAUUAUCAGUGGACAGACAAGUCUAUUUUCAAGACACACAUGCCUUCUACCAGUUCUCAGCAGAUGAAUGUACCUACCUUUUCUGUGAAUUUGAGAAAGAGGAAGGAUGGAAGAAUGGAGUAAAACUCCUACUUCAACUACUGCCAUUGUCUCCUCCCAGGAUUGACAUGUGUAAUCUGCCUGAUCAAAAAAUAGAAGAUACAGCAGAAACCAAUGCUGAAAUUCUUGCUCGUCUCACUUCUGCGGUACAGAGAGAACUGGCUGCUGUCAUUGCCUUGAAAGCAAGGAAGUCAGCAAUUCAUCAAAAUGAAGAACACAGCAGUCAAGAAAUAAGAGGGCUAGAAGAGCUCAAGGAUACCUCUGAUGCUCAGGCAGGGGUGUUGUGCAAGCUUCAGGGAAGAGAUGACAUCGGACGGAUUGAGCUGGUCCAGAAGCUGGCGAGAGAAAACUGCCAGUUUUUGCAGACGGAUAGAAAACCACCAGAGAAGGCAGAACAAGCGGACGAUGGAGGCGGCGGCGAGCGGGCGCGGGAGGAGGCCGGCGCAGCGCUGGUGCUGCGGAAGGUGUGGUCACGCAGCCCGGCCCCCGAGCGGCGCGGGAGAUACGUGGUGGUGUCAGGGACGCCGGAGAAGAUUUUGGAGCAUCUCCUCAGCGACCUGCACCUGGAAGCCGCGCAGGACAAGGAGACGGAAACUCUCCUGGAUGACUUCCUUCUCACGUACACAGUCUUCAUGACGACUGAUGACUUGUGCCAGGCUCUUCUGAGACACUAUUGUGCUAAGAAUCACCAAGGGAAAGAAGACGACUCUGAUGUAUCUUGCAGGAAACGAAAAGUCUUGCAUUUGGUGUCUCAGUGGACUUCUCUCUACAAAGACUGGUUACAUGAAGAUGAGCAUUUAAAACAAUUUUUAAAGACGAUAUACAGAAAUGUGUUAGAUGAUGUAUACGAAUUUCCCAUUCUUGAGAAGGAAUUGAAAGAAUUUCAGAAGAUACUUGGGAUGCAUCGUCGUCACACUGUAGAUGAGUAUUCACCUCACCGAAAGAAUAAAACAUUUUUCCACCAGUUCAGUGUAAAGGAGAACUGGCUGCAGCACAAAGGAACCAUGAAUGAAACAGAAGAAAUUUUCUGCCGCGUGUAUAUAACAGAGCACUCCUAUGUCAGUGUGAAAGCUCAAGUAUCCACUUCAGCUCAGGAGAUACUGAAGAUUGUAGCAGAAAAGAUCCAGUACCCUGAGGAGGAGUUGGCGCUGGUGACAGUCACAUUUGCUGGCGAAAAACAUGAACUACAGCCGCAUGACCUGGCUAUCUCAAAAUCUUUCGAGUCAUCCAGUCGUAUGUUUGUCUACCGAAAAGAUCUGACUGAUUCUCUGAACCCAUUUGCUGAAAACGAGGAAUUGCAACAAAGGUCCGUGAGAAUUUUGGGAAUCAACACCUGGGAUCUUGCCUUAGAGCUAACAAACUUUGACUGGAGCCUCUUCAAUGCAAUCCAUGAGCAAGAGCUGAUAUACUUCACGUUCAGCAGACAGGGCAGUGCUGAAAACACCGAGAAUCUCAGUCUUCUGCUUCAAAGAUGUAAUGAGGUCCAGCUUUGGGUUGCCACCGAGAUACUUCUGUGCAGCCAGCUCUGCAAACGUGUACAGCUAGUCAAAAAGUUCAUCAAGAUUGCGGCCCACUGUAAAGCCCAAAGAAAUUUGAAUUCAUUCUUUGCUAUUGUUAUGGGUCUCAACACUGCAUCUGUCAGCCGCCUGUCUCAGACCUGGGAGAAAAUUCCUGGGAAGUUCAAGAAACUUUUCACUGAACUUGAAAGUUUGACGGACCCUUCUCUGAAUCACAAAGCUUACAGAGAUGCAUUCAAGAAAAUGAAAUCUCCGAAAAUCCCCUUCAUGCCCUUACUUCUGAAAGAUGUAACAUUCAUCCACGAAGGAAAUAAAACUUUUCUGGAUAACCUUGUUAAUUUUGAAAAGCUGCACAUGAUUGCAGAUACUGUUCGGUCAUUGAGACAUUGCAGAAAUAACCAGUUUGGCAAUGAAGUUCCUUCAAAAGAGCAUCAUGAGCUGAAGCCAUACGUCCAUCACCUGCAUGUCAUCGACAACCAGCAAGCUCUGUUUGAGCUUUCUCACAGGAUUGAGCCGCGAGUGUGAGCAUACACAGCUUCAUAUAACCUUGUAACUGCAGCACUUUGAAUUAAGUGAAUGUUUAUGCCAAGCAUGUUGCUUCCCUAUAUAAGAACAGUUUACUGAGUUUUAUCAGUAGCUCACACAACAUACGCAGGAAAAUCAGGCAAGAGCCAGCAAAGGAGUUACUCACAGAGCGGCAGGGCAAACGUGGUGCCAUCCAUGCUAGUCACCGGGACAGGAGGGAGCGGAGCAGCAUCCUUUGAGCUCAAGGAGCUUGGUUUCUGUGGAAACAUUAUUUGGUCCAGUCUAGCUUUCAAUGCAGAUUCUGCCAGUAUUAGAAUGAAAGAAAUCAUCGUGUCACAGCAGCAAAACAUUUCAGCAAGCAACAUGAGGCAAGAGGAUUGAUUCUCAGUUCACCACAGUACGUACCUCGCGAAUUCAAGGCUGCCAAAGUGUCGUUGCCAAAAAUACUGUGCAAUCUGUGCAGCUCCUCCGAGUCCACUGGAGGAUCUCAUUUGAGAUAAGUGCAGACAACCAAGAAUGGGAAUAUAAAAAGAAAACACACCAGAUGAAACUCAAGAGUACAUCGUGAUGUGGAGGUCAGCAGUAAACAGUUCAUACUGUUAUGGCCCUUUAAGAAUCUGCUGUAGGAGCCAAUCUGCUUUUGUUGCAAUUUAUGGACACAAUUGUUUGUACACUGAAAAUGUGUUAUUUUCUUCCUUUUCAAUUGUCUCAGAUUUAGCAUCAGCUCCUGCAGCUAAAGUGUUACAAAUUAUUAUAGCAGGAGAUUUGUUUUCUGCUUGGAUUACAGGCUCCUUGGUGUCUAUUCAGAGACAAUGCCUAGAUCCACAUGCAUUCCUAACUCACCUCCUGUUUCAGCAGGUAAAACUUCACCUAAUUUGCAGAUGCUUCUAGUUUUCAAAGAACAAAAGGGUACACCUCACAGGGUACCAGUGUAAUUACCUGCAAACACACCAGGUUCUCAGCAUCAGGGUCUCUUUACUGCUCCUGUCCCUCUCACACCUCUCCCCUAGCAAUUCUCAUGUAGCUAAAAGUACUACUUCUGAGUGUGUACUGAGGCAGCAGUUUCUAAAAUCUUGUUUACAGCUGACCUGCAUCUAAACACAACCAUCACUGUUGGUCUGGUUUUCAGUGCUAAGAAGUUGUCCUGAAAUAAUCUAGUGAAUGCCAUGGGUGAUGUGCAGCAUGCCAUGCAGCCUGGCAUGUGUUUGUACACUGACUCACAGUCAUGGUCCCUUUGCAGAGCAGGGAGGAUACUUUUCAUUGCUUGCCCAUUUCUAUUGUAUGUUUUCCACAUGAGGAAGACUACCAAGAAAACAGUCCUUUACUGAGAUGUGGGAAUACUGAAGUAGCAUGUUCUUCAUCAUUGUGUUAUCUCUGGUUUAAUGGGAUUAAAAAAAAAAAAAAAAGCAGCUUUAACAAACAGUCUGGGGCGGAAUCUGUAGAAUGCAUUCAGUUUUCCCAUCUGUGAAAUAUUGUAUAGAUCUAUUGUAAAGGAAACAGAUGUUUCAGAAGUGUAUUUGCUUGUACUUUGUUAUUAUCAAAUACUAUAUGAUUUUUUUUUUUUUUUUUAGAAAAAAAAAAUCUUCUUUUUACCCAGUAAAAAGAAAAAAAAAAUAAACUCUUGCUGGCCAUGGAGUAAAAAUUUCCUAUGUUCUUCUGUAGAUGUGACUGCACAUAUUGUAAAUAAUUCUUUUGUGCAAACAGACCAAAACUAUUCAGAUGAGUAUACUAGCUGUGGCAGGCUCCUUUUUGCAGUGUAAGAACACAAACCAGAUACAAUUUUUUGCUUGUGUUACUGCAGCUCUUCCUCUGGCCACAGCACUCCCCGAAUCCCCACCCUGGCCGCAUUACCUGGGUGGUUUUCUGGGUUUCGAGCUCCCUCUUGUGAAAUCUUUUUUACUGUGGUGUUAUUUUUAGGAGCCUGUUUGUAGACCAGCCUGCAUGCUUUAGCACAUGUGGUGUAACACUCUAGUCCACAACUUGUUCUGUUGAAAUCUGUGGGAGAGGGAGCAUUAGGGUGAGAGAGUGGGGCUGUUUCUCAGCUCACUGCAUGUGGCUCUGUGAUAGUUUUGAUAGUUACUGCUGGUGAAGCAGCAGUGGUGCCAGAGAAGAAUAAAAAACAAGGAAAUGAAAGAAGGGGAAAAAAGUAAGGGGUGGGGGGGGAAAAUCAGAAGUGGAAAGAUGACUGUGCUCAGGCUUUGAUUUGAAAGUAUGCUAAAGCCACCUUGAAAGCUCCUCACUCUGCCAGCUCAAAAUGGUUGAAGUCAAUGGAUGGGUUAACUCAUACCAGAAGGUUUCAAGCCAGCUGAGGUAUUGGCAAUCUGCACCUCUGUAACUUUAUACUAAACGAGGCAGUGCUUACCUCUUGCAGCUGGCAUAACAUCAGUUUGAAGGCACAUACCCAGCAUUAAUGUCAUUAUCUGUGUUAUGGCUAAUUAGACUGCUGUUUAAAACUUUACAAACUACUUUUCAUAGUGGCCUGUGUAACUUGGACGUAAAUUUCUGGUCUGAGGGGCCAAAGUGGGUGCAUCAAUUUCACAUUCAAAAUAUGGACCUUAUAACUGUUACCAUAAAGGUGAGGCAAUGAGUCUAAAUCUGUAGCUAGUAUGUCUAAGUAAGAAAAGGCUCUUCAGAGUCUUUUUUUCAACGGGUGAGGCAUUGCAGAGCUGGGCUGCAGACCAGCAAGCAGUUGAAGGUGAGGUGACUGGGAGCAGAACUAGAAGUAAACCCCAUGAAAGGGAAAGCGGACACUAUACGGCCUGUGCCAGGGUCUGGCACUGGUGAUAUUGUGUGACUUUUUUUUCCUUAAGCAUUCAGUAGUGCAUUUAUGUUAGGAUGAAGCCCAUGAAUCUUGUAAUUUCAGUUUGUCACAGUCACACCUGGGGUUAAAUACUCUGCAGAUUUUCUUUAGUAACUAGGAAGAGUAAUUAGACAGAACAAAGGAAAAAGCUGGGUCACUCUAUACCUCUUUGAUGUGGGAUUUUGUUGCAUCAAAUUUAGAUAUUUCUAUGAUAAAGCUUUUUGAUCCUGGCCCCAUCUUGGAUAGAAAUAAAUUGCAUUUGUGUGACAGUGGCAAAAAAAAACAACAGGUGUUACGAGAAAUAAUAUGUGCUGCUGUAAAUUACAAAGAUGUAAAUACUAAACAUUUUAGCAGAGUAAUAUUUAUUUACAUAGCCUAUUUAUUGUCAUCUUAUACACUGUUAAAUACCGAGAUGAAGUCAACGAGCUGAGGUAACAACACCUGCCUGUUUGUUCUCUCUGAGUGCCAUAAUGCUGUCAGCUUGCAUUAAAAGUAAUAAAAUAGAAAACCCCAAAUCAAGGUAUUUACCUAACUUCUCAGGGACUACAGCUAGUAGUUAUCCACCGUUAUGAGACCUGCUAUGUAUGAAAUAAUCUGAUUUACCAGAAUUAAUGUUGCCAAUGCUUUCCUUUUCAUAUUUCAUGCUUGUCUGCCUCUGUACAUAUUAUCGUGUUGUGUAUUUAUGAGAGCUAGUAAGCAAUAAUUUAUAUGUCAAAAUGGCCAAGCAAUACAAGGUUAAAACUUGUAGAAGCAACUGUUACACUUAUCUUGCAUUUUCCAGUGUUUUUUAAUAUUGCUUUUAAAAAUAUAAAAACUACCUUGAUGAA